AUGGGGCUCCCCAGCGCCGUCGCGGGGUCGCCGCCCAACGCCAAGGCGGGCAACAGCAAGGGCGGGGAGGCGGCAUCUAGAAACGUCCCGGACGGGCCCGCCUCGCCCGCACAGAAAGUGCACGACCAACGCGAAGAGAAGUGUUGUCUGCAGCAGGCCGCUCAUGACUCCGCGGGCACGGCGGCGCCUGUCCUGGGUGGCUUGGGCGCUCAGUGUUGGGCAGACGCCCCACCCGCGACAGCCGCCCGGAGGCCGCUGGGGGCCGUUCAUGGCUCUGGCGGGGAGGCGGAGGACAGUAAAAAAGUAGAAAAGGCCGUGCACCGAGACCCCAGCGAAAAUGGUGCUACUCGCGCCGCUGGGUCGACGCCUCCGUGCCCGGUCGAGCUUUGCGCACGGGCACGGGGUAAUGCGCCAAGCAUCCCAAGCAAGAUUGCAUCAGCGUUGAAGGCAUUGGGGGCGGCAAAGGUCGAUGCUGCUGCGGAGGCUGCGGUGGGCCCCGUAGACGUCACGAAGAAGGCAAAUAAGGAGAAGGUAAGCCAUGCGGAGCUGGCAGACACAGCAGCCGCAACAGCGAGUAGGCCAACGGGGGCGGGGGCGGCGGCUGCGGUGGACACGGGUGACGAAGGCGGUGGCCACGGUGGUGGCUUAGACAAGCCGGAGGGCAAUGCCGCAGCUGUAGCAGAAGCCAAGGAUAGCGGGGGACAACCAAAGGAAGAUAAUUCUACAAUGCCACCUCAAAAACAGGUACAGCAGCAGAAUCAGCAUAACCAGACAAAGCGACAUACGGUGGUCACGACAACCGAACAUGCGGGCGGGGGCUUCCAUGGGCGAUGUGUACCCGUUGCUCACACCAGUAGUUCCACGGCUGCGGCCACGCCGGAGAACUGCGCCCGCCCCGCGCUGGCCCUCAGUCUUCACUUAGUUGCGCUCUACAAGAGGGUGAACGAGAUGUAUUGUCGCCAAAGACGUUUGGAGGCUCCCGGUCCAAAGUACAACAACGGGUUUGACGAUAAGGAAGGGCACUACCUUGUGUUGUCCGGGGAGGAAAUACUCAACCGGUACACAGUCCAAGAGGUGCUUGGCAAAGGCAGCUUCGGCACAGUUGUCCGCUGCUACGACGAGAAGCGGCGUGAGAACGUCGCCCUCAAAAUCACCCGCCACGGUCUUAGUUUUCGCACGCAGGCGAAGCUGGAACUAGACAUUUUGUUGAGGCUAAAUGUUAACCCACGCCUCAACCAGCUUGUUGUGAAACUCUUGAAGGUGUUUGACUGGCAGGGGCAUCUGGUGUUGGUAUUUGAGCUGCUCAGCUUUAACCUCUACCACCUUAUUAAGUGCACCCGCUACAACGGCGUGACGCUGGACUUGGUGCGCAAGUUCGCCUACCAGUUGGUGCAGGUUCUCUACCAGCUUGAGCAAACCAAACCCAGCGCAGUCAUUCACUGCGACGUCAAGCCGGAAAACAUUCUUCUUAAAAAUCAAAAUCGUAGCGGAAUACGUCUAAUUGACUUUGGCUCGGCGUGCUACUCCAACAAGGUUGUUCACAAGUACAUACAGAGUCGCUAUUAUCGUAGCCCGGAGGUCAUACUGUACCUGGAAUACGGGACCGCCAUCGAUCGGUGGUCGUUGGGGUGUGUGCUGGCCGAGCUCCACACCGGUGUGCCGCUCUUUGAUGGACGGACCGAAGCCGCACAACUGGCCCGCUUUGAGGCCAUGCUUGGACCGCUGCACGUGGACAUGCUGCAGUCCUCGCCAAAGUUAGACAGGUUCUACACGUCGACAGGGAACGGGUACCGACUCAAGGAGCAGCCUCUGCCACGGCGUUCUCUUGAGAGUGUCUUGGGCGUCACCACCGGCGGUCCUCGUGGCUCGCGGAAAGGAAUGCCGGGGCAUAGCGAGGAAGCCUACCGCCAAUUUCAUGAUUUUCUUAGUGGACUGCUGAAAUAUAGGCCUGCGGAGCGAAUGAGCUGCUAUGAUGCGCUGCGGCACCCGUUCAUUGAGCCACUCUGGCUGGCAGACCACCACCACCACCAGUAG